UGGCUUUUACGCUCUGCCUUCUCUCUAGGGUUGGCAACGACUCCUUGCGGCGGUGAAGCCACAAUGUCUUCGCCGUCGACCACCUCACACUACUCAAUCCUUAGGCUCUCUCACUUCCAUGGCUUCCCCUUUUUUUCUCAGAUACUCUAGUCUCUGGUGAAACGCCGUCGAGAUAUAAAGGUCUGCCUUGCGUUUCAUUCAACGAUGGGGAAAUCCAGAAGCUCUACACCAAAUUCAGUAGGACCAUUGUUGGCUCCUUCACCUCUGGAUGGCCUUCAAUGUCCUCCGUCAGAUCUUCCUUUUAGAAGAUUGGUUUCUCCUCCACUCCGAAGGUAACCCUCCUUGAUUCCUCGCAUAUUUUGAUCUCCUUUUCUACGGAAAAAGAUUUCCUACGAUGUCUCUUGAGAAAGGUAUGGCAUAUUUCUGGAUUCAAAAUGACAGUUUGUAGAUGGACUUGUGAAUUCGACCCUUCUGUUGAUUCACCACUAUCACCUGUGUGGAUAGCCCUAGAAGGCCUCCCUAUACAUUUAUUUGAGCCAAAUGCCUUGUUUUCCAUUGCUAAACUGGUUGGCUCCCCUCUGCAAUUGGACUCUGCUACUUUAAAUCUUGCUCGACCUUCUGUUGCUAGAGUUUGCGUUGAAAUUGAUCUUACAAAGCCUAUACCACAUGCAGUCUGGAUUUAUCUAGGCCAAUCAUCAUUCCUUCAACCUAUUCACUAUGAGGACCUUCCUGAUUAUUGCACCUCUUGCAGGGUUUUUGGCCAUAAAAACUGCAAAUCAGUAUAAACAUUCUCUAGGUGGAUUAGGAGGGAGGAGAAAUUGAUUAAGAAAGGAUCUACUGCCACUGCAGUCAAUCGCACUGCUCUUGAAUGAUGAAAUCUAUCAAACUUUGAGAGCACACGAGACCCCCUUGGAGUCUUUGGAUGGCACUCAAAGACCAUGUCCCAAACUACUUACUGGUUGUUCUAACUUCCCUGUUUUUCCCAAAACUAUAGUAGCAAAUGGUGAUGCAUCUUUAUCCUCGGUUAUUUUUGGUAAUAUAACACAGAAUGACAUGUAUUUUCCUGAUACGAUCAAAGCUACGACCACAGGUAUCAAUUCAGCCCCUACAGAAUCUAUCUUACAAAAAACUCAUGAUCACUCUCCUGUUAAAGAUGUCUAGACCCAAUCUGCUAUUCACUCAUCACCUAUUGCACACGAAACUACCAUACAGGUAGGCUCGAAUGACACUAGGGAAGAAAACUAUAUUGGGGAUGAUGACACUAAUUCUGACCCAAAUAAUAUUACCACUAACAUUAACAGCUUUGACUCCUUAAUUGAGCAACCCCCCAGUAAGGUUUUGAAUGAUAUACAAAUCAAUGAAGACUCCUAUGUGGAAGAUGCAGAACAGACUUCAAAUGCAAAAGAACAUGACCUAAUUCAAAGAAAAGAAGAUUGAACUGGAAGUGUCUCCAAACCUUUGACGAGAAAUUCCAAUCUCAAACGGGAGGAGGGAGUUCUUUCUUACGUUAAGGAUCCCUCCACCGGACAACUUCAAGCCAUGGUCACCACCAAGGGUUUCCACGGGCCGUGCAUGAUUUUGGGUCGUCCAAGCGAACCCCGAGAAGAUGGAAUGAUAUCAAGAAUAGCACUGCCCACAAAGUAUCCUCCAAACUAUAAAUGGGCAACUGAAAC